AUGCACGUAAGCCGGGGUGGUGGUCUUCUCGCUCUCGCUCAGCAGACGGUUGGACGUCAGCAGGUAGACGCCAAAGCCACAGGCGUAGCCCAGCACCAAGCCGCGCGUGAACCCAAACAGCUGAGCCAUCUGAAAAAGCAAGAUGUGUGUGUGUGUGUGUGUGUGUGUGUGUGUGUGUGUGUGUGUGUGCGUGUAUGUGUGUGUGUGUGUGUGUGUGUGUGUGUGUGUGUGUGUGUGUGUGUGUGUGUGUGUGUGUGUGUGUGUGUGUGUGUGUGUGUGUGUGUGUGUGUGUGUGUCUCUCUCUCUCUCUCUCUCUCUUUUGUUUUUAAUUUUUAG